CUAGUUUCUCCAGUAGUGUCAAUUCUACCGAUGGACCUAUAGACAAAGCGGUUUCCAUUGAACCUUCCAUCAAGUCACCAGAAUCUGAAAUGGAUAUAAGAAAACGUUCUGAAGCAUUAACCCUACUUAAGUCGAUUCCUACUUUGAAUGAAAUAAGCGAAACAACAUCCAUGGAACAGCCACAGGAUAAUGUAAGGACCAGAAAGAGUCGACCGGGAAAGAUCCGGCGUUUAGACCCACUGGAACACGUUUCCAGUGCCACCUUUCACUCCCAGUAUACCUCCGAGUCGAUUGAAACGCGUUCGGAGAACGAUAGGUCCUCAAUGGAACAAAGCCUAAUAAAUGUAGCCAGUUCUAGUUUGGAAUCCUGUGAUAAUAGCAUUGACGAAGACAUUGAAAGUGAUGGCUUGUGGUCUCCUGUGCAAGCGGUUGUCUUUGAAAGCCCAAGUGCUGCCGGGUUUCCGGAAGGUUUCGCCGAUUCCCUUUUGGAAAAAGAGCUAAGUAUUGUAAGCACUAAAAUCAGAGAUACUGUCGAACUAUAUCUGUUCGAGUUGAUCGAUAAUGUAGUUGGUCGUAUCGAAGCAUCUGAAUGCUAUCAGUCUCAGAGAUUCGACAAAAUAAAACUCAUGGAACAACUGGAGGAGCUGGUCGCAGACAAUCUUUUCGAAAGAAAUCGAAGUGAAUACCUAAACCAAAAAAUUAUGGAAUACUAUCUGCGGCGAUGCAAAUAUUCGUUAAUCACUCCCAGUAAAAAUAGUAAAAUGGACGAGAUCCAGUAUCGUCGUUAUCUUACUGCCUUGAAUGAUUUGGAUUUUAGGAUGGGAGUCGAAAGACUGACACAGAAAAUUCACAAGGCGGAAACUGAGAAAUUGAAGUCCCAACUGGAGGAGGCUGAAAAUCAGGACGAGGAACUAACCAACCGUUUGGAGGAAGUAAUCCUUAGUACAGUGUUGAGCCACGGUCAGGACACCGAACGUCUUGAGUCUUAUGUGAAAAGUGUCCUUAGCAAAAUGAGAAUGGAGCGAAAUGAAAUUUCAGAAGUGCGCCUUGAAUUAAUUCACAAGCAGCAUCAGUUUUCCUACAUAAUGGAGAAAAUUGAGCAAAUAAAUACAAUCUCUGAAGAUCUUCAAAUGCACACAUAUCUUUCUGUGGAAAUCGAGGCUCAACAAUUAGCCAGUAAUCUCAACACCAGAAAAGCUGAGCUGACGCGAAUGUCAAACCUAAUUACCAACAAAAUCCAUUUGAUUUCCCAUCUCAGAUGUCGGCGGAAACUAAUGUCUCGAAAGCACCGGGUAGCCAAAAAAAAUCUGUUGGACCUGCAAAAGCAGUUCUUAGCCCUCCGCCAAAAAGUCCACAAGGGGAAUAUAUUGCGAAAUAAAAUUUAUUCACAAAUUAACGAGUGCCGUCGACAAGGAGGUAUAAUAAACUUCCCUCUAUUGAUGAAGGACUACGACGACACAAUGAGUUAUGUGGAAAAGAAGCGAGGUAUUAUUAGAAAUCUAAGAAAACGCCGUAGCAGGGUGGAGAAAAAUAUAAAUAAUGUCGAAGGUUCGAUUCGAAUAUUGGACUCAAAAAGCACAAUUCAACUGUGGGAUUAA